GCAACAUCAUGACCAUUGAUCUGACAGAACAACACCAACAAGUUAAUGUGGGUGUGAGGUGGGUGAUGAGAAUACUACAUAGAAUGUCAUCACAUGUCUUGUUUUAGAGCAUGCUCAGUAACGCCCGGCUAUAAUAUAAAAGCAAGCCGCGCAUUCUUACACACUGUGUUAAGUGUGAACACACAAGAUGUCUGGUUUCUCCGGCUUCUUUUUAAUCUUCUGCACUAUACAUACAGUUGAACUUCGCAGGAAUUAUUCAGGUCCCAAUCCAAAGGAAGUUUAUCAGCCUGACAGAGUUCUCUGUGUGAAUGUGGGGGACUCGGCUACUCUACACUGCUGUGUUUCUGGUAAAGAUGUUGGAGCAGUUUUCUGGUUUAAGCAACCAAAUAGAAAACAUCCCCAGAUUAUGAGCAGAUUGUAUAAAACUGCUGAAGUCACAUUUUUCAAUGAAUUCCAAAAUCUUCGUUUUCAAGUACAAAUCUCUUCAAACUGUUCCAGUAUGACCAUUUCUAACAUCAUCCAGUCUGAUGAAGCCAUGUACUACUGUGCCAUCACAAAACCAUUCAGCACGUUUGGACGUGGGACAUAUUUAAAAAUUAAAGGUGAUCAUGUUACUAUUGCAUCAGAAACAUCUAAAGCAGCUCUGUGUGAUCAUUCAUUGGUGUGUGAACCAACACCGCAUGGAAACAACACUAACACCAACACACAACACAACACAGUGAUAGGUUUGGGAUCGGCUUUGGGUUUGUGCGCACUUCUGAUUUUCUGCCUCACUUAUUUCAUACUGAGGAGAAGAAAAUGUGAUAAAACAAACACUUCUGCUAUUAAAGAUUCUUCAGGAACGAGGCAGGAAUCUGAUGUUGACGAGCUGAAUUACGCAGCUUUGGAAUUCUCUAAACGGAACGCAGUAAAAAGUCGGACACAAACUGACACAACAGGAGACCAAUGCGUUUACUCUACUGUGAAAAACAGCUCUAAUGUUUAAUGUGAAUUAUCUAACACAUUUCUAAUUAAGUGACAUUGUUGUGACAUUUAUAAAGCACUUCUCUUCUUCUUACAUUAAACAUUAUAUUUGUAUAAUAUUUGUAUAUAUUUGUAUAUAUUUACCUGAAUAAAGACAAAAAAGUAAACAUGCA